CGAGUCCCGGCCGUUGGUUGGUAUCUCCAUUUCUUUCUCUAGCCUCGAGCGUGGAACUGCCUCCCGGUCCACUUCGUCACGGCGCGCCAUCGUCUGUUCUCUAGAACACUGCCAACACAAACUCGCCAGCCAGCCAGCCAGCCAGCUCAACGCACCAGUGGCAUCCGCAAACGAUCAUGGCGAAAAGGACUGGCAACGUGGACGUGCUCAUCACGAAGCGCGACAUCACGAUCGACGACGUGAUGAACAACCCCAUUGCUGUGGGGUAUCUCUUGGACUUUUGCCAAAAGAACCUGUGCGCCGAGAACCUCAACUUUGUCGUGGCCGUGGACCGGUACAAGGACCGAUGCGAGGUGCUCGACUUCAACGACGAGGAAGACGUCAAGACGUGCGGCGCCAUGGCGGCCACGAUUUGGAAGGACUUUUUGUCGCGCAACUCGCCCAACGAAGUGAGCUUGCCGUCUGAGGACCGCCAAGUGACUAUCGAGCGCAUGGACAAGAUCACAAAGUUCAAGGGCAAGCUGUUUGACGUGGCAAUUCAAGACGCCAUGAAGACGCUCCAGCGAGACAUUAUGAACCGGUUCAUCAAGUCGUCGCAGUUCUCGGAGCUCGUGUCGCGGCUGUCCGAGGCCGCCGACGCGUUCGACCCGUUCGAGCUCGUGCCGCCGUCCAACAUUACCACGUCGUCGACGACGAUCGAAACCGCCGAAAUCACCCUCGACGACAUCCUCGCAGACGCGGUGCUCUUUGAAGAGCUCCACACGUACCUGAACAAAAAAUUCAACGCGGAAAACUUGAAGUGCGUGCGCGAGAUCUGCAUCUUUGACGACCUGGCCAAGGCUAAGGACGUGGUCGUGACCAAGAAGAAGGCGUGGGCGAUCUACCGCAACUUUGUCAUGGCCGGGAGUCAGUUUGAAGUGUCGUGCAGCAACGCCACGCGCAAAAACGUCAUGCAGCACCUUGGGUGCCCCGUCGAGAAGAUGUUUGACGAAGUCAAAGAGACCACGGUCAUGACGCUCAAGCAAGACCUCAAGGGGUUCCUCUCGGCGCUCGAUCGAAAAUCCAUCAAGGACCAGCUCAAAAAGCUCGAAAAAGGCAACAAAGUUGGGCUCAUGCAGAACAUUUCCAACAAGUUCUUUCGAAAGUGAUGUCUCCCCCAACCAACCUCCAACCUAACAAGACACAAACCCACAACUGUUGGUCAUGC